GGGUUAAAAGAAAACUUCUCAAUUCCAACAAAAACAAAAAAAAGCUCUGAGAUUUUUGGAAAUCUGAAUCGUUGUUCGAGUGAAUUUGAACAAAGUCAUCAGGGGAAGUGAGAUGGACGAUCAGAGUCAGACCGAGAAAUUAGCCAAACCAAUCCUUAAGAAAAAAGCCGGUACUCCAGGGAGGUCGAUCGAUGUCUUUGCUGUACAGUGUGAAAAAUGCCUGAAGUGGAGGCAGAUUGGUACUCAAGAUGAAUACGAAGAGAUCAGAAGUAGAAUACAAGAGGACCCGUAUGUGUGCGAGAAGAAAGAAGGUAUAUCCUGUGAAGAUGCUGGAGACUUAAACUAUGAUUCCUCCAGAACAUGGGUCAUCGACAAGCCUGGCUUGCCCAAGACACCAAGAGGGUUCAAGAGGAGCUUAAUUCUGAGGAAGGACUACUCGAAAAUGGAUGCGUACUACAUAACUCCUACUGGGAAGAAGCUCAAGUCUCGCAAUGAAAUCGCAGCCUUCAUCGAUGCCAAUCAGGAUUACAAGUAUGCACUGCUUGGCGACUUCAAUUUCACAGUCCCAAAGGUGAUGGAAGAGACUGUCCCGAAUGGUAUAAUAUCUGACAGGACCCCCAAGACAUCCAAGGGAAGUAAUUGAUUGAGCUACAAAGCGCUUCCGAGUCUCGAAGCUUCUUAUGAUGUUGAAGUUGUUCUAGGAGUGAUCUCUAUCUAGGUUCUAGCUGGUCUAGUCUUUUAAUGAGGGAUUAAGGUUGGACUUCUUUCUUUAGAAUGUUAUCUAAACCCAUCUCUUUGACUCUGAUUGGAUAUUUAUGUUCUAAUGAAGGAUGAUCUUUUCUUCUCU